AUGUAAACAAGGUCAGACACUGCAGUAUAUACCCUCACACGCACCGGGCGGCAACUUCUUUCCGUGAGAGGAGGACACAGACUCUUCGCAGCACAAGCUCUGACAAAGCUCCCCCCCCCCCCAGCCCGAGAGCCAAGAUGAUGCAAUGUUUCCACUUUAUGGUCGAGCCGGCCAAGAACAUCACGGCCAAACUCAAGGAGUCCCGUCGGAGGGCGAGGGAUGAGAAGCUGGAGCCCCUGGAGGAGGACCAGCUGUUCGUGGUGGACCUGGCCCGGGACCUGAGCCGCGUGUGCCAGAGGUCCGGGGUACUGGAGCAGGUCUGGAACCAGGAGGACGUCUGGCCCGUGAUCAGCUGCAAGGCCUUCAUCCUGGAGUGGGCCUUCAUGCUGGAGAGCAAGAAGAGCUCCCUGCAGAGCGACGGCUGGCCAGAGAUGCCUCGGCUCAGUAAGGAGGACCUCUACGACGAAGAGGGCCUGCAGCAGGCCAAGACCAUCAUCACCAACUGGACCAAGGACCUGCGGGCCCAGCCGGAGAAGAGUGUGUGGCCCGGGGAGCCGGUGGCCAAGGUGCUGGAGGACCUCCAGUCGGCGUGGCGAUGGGGGCGUAUGCCCACCCUCCUGACGGCCAUGGAGCUGGUGAUGUGGACCCUGAUCUGCCAGAGCCUGGACAAGGAUACUAUUCCACAGCAGUGGUUCAUCUGGAAACAAAGGACCAACCAAAUCGGAGCCGUCCGCUACAUUCCGCACUUAAUUUGGGAGUGGAUGUCCGACUCCGCAGCGGAGGUGACCCUUGACCUAGACUCGGCCAACCCCGACCUGGUCAUCAGCGGCAACGACAAGCGCAUGCGCUGCGGGUUCCAGCGCAGCGGCGUGGCCAACCUGCACCAGCGCUUCGACGGCUGGUGGUGCGCCGUGGGCGCGGAGGGCUUCUCCUCCGGCCGGCGCUACUGGGAGGUGGAGGUGGGCGAGCGCGACUGGCGGCUGGGCGUGGCCCGCGAGUCGGCGCUCCGGAAGGGCUUCCGCUCCCUGAACACCGACACGGGCUACCUGACGCUGCGCCUGGAGCGCGGCACGGAGCUGAAGGCGCUGACGGUGCCGUACACGGCGCUGCCGCCCGGGCUCAUCCCCCGGCGCGUGGGCGUGCACCUGGACCACGACCACGGCCAGCUGUCCUUCUACGACGUGGACACGCGCGCCCACAUCUACUCCUACAACGAGGCCUUCGGCGGCGAGAAGCUGUUCCCGCUCUUCGGCACGGUGGAGAUCGUCCAGGACCUGGUGAUCCGGGCGCCGGUGGGCCGCUCCAGCUGCCUCUGCCCCGCCUCCUGCCUCUGGGCCUGAGGCCCCGCCCCCUCUGAGGACCGCCCCCCCCCUCAAUGCUCCAGUAGGACAACGUGACUCUUAGCGUAUUCGUUCGGUGUAGCCCCCUCCCUCCACUGCUGUAAGACCGUCGAGCCAGAAGAUAGAGCUGCUUCUCUGUGUAACCCCUGCGCUGCCUUACCCUAACCUUUGACCUAACCCUACCCUAACCGUUAACCUAAGCCAACCCUCCCUAACCCUAACCCUAACCCUCAUCCUCACCCUAACCCUGACCCAAACACUGACCCUAACACUGACCCUAACCCUCACCCUAACCCAAACACUGACCCUAACCCUAAACCUUACCCAAACACUGACCCUUACCCUGACCCUAAACCUUACCCAAACACUGACCCUGAUUGCUAGAGCCUCCUCCUCACUCACCAACACGCACACGUCCAUCAAAUACAUGUACCUGUAUUUUCAUAACAUGUAAAGAACACUUGAGUAUUCAUACCACAUACUGUGCAAUAUUAACCCUGCAGUAACAAUGCACUUUCUGUGAAUAAGAAAUAAACAAUGAAUGUGAAUUCUG